GCUAGCUCCGGAGGAGAAAUUAAAGGUGACACCCACGUGAACACUCACACUCUGCCAGCUCUGCGAGGUGGUGGAAGCAGCAAUGAGACAUCCACAGUGGAAGAGAAGGUGUUCCCUUCCACAAGAAAGCUCGAAAUAAAGGGGCACUCUUCUCUUCAAGAUUUAUCGCUGGAGUUUCCUCUCAGGGUUUAAGGGUGCCUGGAGGACCGGCAGCCCAAGAUGCGGUUCAUGUAACCCUGAAAUUCCAGGAUUCGACAAAACCAGAGGGAACUCGCAGGUUCCCCAAAAGCGUUUGAUUUUAGCUCGGCAUAAACCCAUACAAAUACGUUUCUGAGAAGCGUUUCCAGUGAGAUACUUUGCCCGCUUGCUGCAGAGGCGCGCGACCUGGCGGGACUAGGACGUAAAACGCUGCUCCCCGGAGAGAGUGGGCUUGAGCGCACCCUCGCUUCUGCGCCCCCUGAUGCGCAGCCCAGCUCCGCCCCACAGUUCCGAGUCCCCGCGGUGAAAGGCAGGGGAUCUGGCCCCCAGAAAGACCCAGAAGAUUCGAGCGCCCGUGGACCCUCAUCUUCCAAGUAGUUUGGCUGGAAGGCGCUCCAGGGCUCAGUUCAUUUCGGUUUCUGCGAAACGGUUAGCACGUCCUGGAGAGCCUUGUCUGCCUCUCCCCGGUGCCCUGCGCCCGCUGGAUCAUUUUGAAAUGACUCUGAACUCGGAGAAGAGGCCUCGAAGCCCGCCAGGGGCUGGCAUGGAGUGAGGAGGGAAGGCAGGCCGACCUGCCUGCCCUCUGAUACUUAAGUAAACCUGGCAGCGGGUUGGGGAGAGGCGAACUAGCCCCCUAUGUCAACCCAGGACAGGCUCUGUCCGGCAGGCCUGGGAGAUGCGUGGCGGAGGCUGCUGGUCGCCGGGAGGCGAACGGAAGGCUGCAGUGGGUGCUGGCAGAGAGCCCAGAGAUGCCAGUCUGGGAGACACACUGUUCCGUAGAGAGCUCAGCCCAGUUCCCACUGCCUGCACAGCGGCCUCAUCUGGAGAGUUCAGCAGGAGCUUUUCAAAGGAGCGAAGAGCCAAGCCACCAAGGUGGCUGGGGAAGGUGUCCCCAAAGCUUAGAACAUAUCCCUGCUUCCCAGGGUGCAACUGGUCGCUAGGGAAAGGAACUAGGUAUUUUGGGAGUGUUUCAGGCUGGAGCGAGGCGCUGAGCUGGCACGUCGCUCCCACAAUUGCCCAGUUUUGACCGCCAAAGGCAGGAGUCUCUGCAGAACUAUGGCAGAAUUCCUUCCAUCUCUUGAAGUUGAGUGUCCAUCACUACAGCUCUUCGCAAAUCCUUCCUUUCCCCUAGGUUCAUCUGUGAUUCCAGCUGCGGACCCCAUCUGGAGCAGUUACUCCGAAGCGACCUAGCUAGCGCCCCCUCGAGGAGUGUGUGGGGAGCCCUGGUUGCUGACUCCCAUAGCAGGUAGCGGCAAACGGCUUGGGAUCUGCGAAGGUGCAGUGAGACCUAUGUCAACAGAUGGUGCAGCUGCCGCUCUGCGCAAGGGGACCGGCGAGUACGCAACCCAGGUACUGCCCCUUCCCAGUGACGUUUCUGCAGCGGGUUAUAAAAACCUCGCGCGGAGCCUGCCAAGGUUCUGCUAACUCCCUAGCCGAGCAGGACGCGAGCCAACAGGCGCCUGCAAAGCUGCAGACCGUGGCGGUGGCGGCGGCGGCGGCGGCAGCGAGAGCAAAGGGAAAAAAAUUUCCAUCUGGACGCGGAGCCCCAGAAUGCCAGCCAUAGACUGCGAACUUUUACAGGUCGUGCUGUAACUAAUACCCGCCACCACUUCCACCUUCGCCCCCAAGUCCUCACGCAGCACAGGGCUUUGCCUUUCCCGAUGCAGGCAGGAGGAAUAGCAGUUGCAAGCAGCAAGCAGGUGCAGAAGGCUGGGGAGUUUCCUGCUUCCUGGAACCGUGACCCGUUGAAUUUCUUUCUUCUCCAGCCCAACGCAGGAGAGACGACGUCUCAGGAUUUGAGAACUUAAGUGUUUCCUGAAGCUUGGAAGUGGAGGAAUUCAGAGCCACCAAGGGCAUACAGCACAUCUAACAGCUUUUAUCUUAGUGCCAAGACUUCUGCUUGCAAGGAAAGAGCCCUGUCCAGAAAGAGCCAGCAGUCCUCCCGUCUUGCUUAAACAGAACUCUGACCCCAGGCACUGGCUCAAAACCCUCCGGUACAGGGUCUGCGUGCGUGUACAGAGAGGAAGGUUUAACCUCUCAGCAGAAGAAUGGAUAACGUCCUCCCGGUGGACUCAGACCUCUUCCCAAACAUUUCCACCAACACCUCGGAGCCCAACCAGUUUGUGCAGCCAGCCUGGCAAAUUGUUCUUUGGGCGGCUGCCUACACAGUCAUCGUGGUGACUUCCGUGGUGGGCAACGUGGUGGUGAUGUGGAUCAUUUUGGCCCACAAGAGAAUGAGGACAGUUACCAACUAUUUCCUGGUGAACUUGGCCUUCGCGGAGGCCUCCAUGGCCGCAUUCAAUACAGUGGUGAACUUCACCUACGCUGUCCACAACGAGUGGUACUACGGCCUGUUCUACUGCAAAUUCCACAACUUCUUCCCCAUUGCUGCUGUCUUUGCCAGCAUUUACUCCAUGACGGCCGUGGCCUUCGAUAGGUACAUGGCCAUCAUCCACCCCCUCCAGCCCCGGCUGUCAGCCACAGCCACCAAGGUGGUCAUCGGCGUCAUCUGGCUCCUGGCUCUCCUGCUGGCCUUUCCCCAAGGCUACUACUCAACCACAGAGACCAUGCCCAACAGAGUGGUGUGCAUGAUUGAAUGGCCAGAGCAUCCCAGCAAGAUUUACGAGAAAGUGUACCACAUCUGUGUGACUGUGCUGAUCUACUUCCUGCCCCUGCUGGUGAUAGGUUAUGCAUACACCGUAGUGGGAAUCACACUGUGGGCCAGCGAGAUCCCUGGGGACUCCUCUGACCGUUACCACGAGCAAGUCUCUGCCAAGCGCAAGGUGGUUAAGAUGAUGAUUGUCGUUGUAUGCACUUUUGCCAUCUGCUGGCUGCCCUUCCACAUCUUCUUCCUCCUGCCUUACAUCAACCCUGAUCUCUACCUGGAGAAGUUUAUUCAGCAGGUCUACCUGGCUAUCAUGUGGCUGGCCAUGAGCUCUACCAUGUACAACCCCAUCAUCUACUGCUGCCUCAAUGACAGGUUUCGUCUGGGCUUCAAGCAUGCCUUUCGGUGUUGUCCUUUCAUCAGUGCUGGUGAUUAUGAGGGGCUCGAAAUGAAAUCCACUCGGUACCUCCAGACCCAGGGCAGUGUGUAUAAAGUCAGCCGCCUGGAGACCACUGUCUCCACCGUGGUGGGGGCCCAUGAGGAAGAGCUGGAGGAAGGCCCAAAAGCCAUGCCCUUAUCCCGGACCGGACCUCCAACGGCUCUUCUCGCAGCGACUCCAAGACUAUGACAGAGAGCUUCAGCUUCUACUCCAACAUGCUCUCCUAAACCACAGGGCCUUUGGUAGACACGGCCACCAUGCUUUAUCUUGUUUCAUUUCAUGCAUGGAUAAGUACGCUAUAUAGAAACCAUAAGCAACAUCCUUGAGACUUGUGAAAGGAUCAGAAUCAUUUAGGGAAAAUAUUCCAUCCUUGAGUAAAAAACCUGAAUUCUUCCAUGUCUUUGACCCCCAUACGCUGUAUGACCUAAAGCAAAUCAUCCAGCUUCUCUGAGCCUGUAAAAUGGGAAGGUUAGACUUGAUUUUCUCUGCAAUUCAUUCCAUGAUCCUGGAAUUAACUUUAAUCGCAUGUAGGUGCUCAUUUCAGGGUGACUCCUGCAGUGCAGAUCCAAUGGAUCUGCCUACCCGGAGCCUCCCUCUUACUUCAAUAAAGCUGAUCUCAGUCUUGCUUAGAUUAUUUCCCUUUAGCUGGUGGCUCACACUGCAUCAGCCUUUGCUUGAUAAGAUGAACAAAAGGAGGAACCACAGAAAAUCUGAAUGAAAGAUUUCACCCUGUCUUCUAAGCAUCCAUGAAAAGAAGGCAUACUUCUGCCCCCUUUUGGCAUUUCAGUAUCUCAGUGCAUCAUGGGAUUGAGAGCCUCAAGUUCAACUACACUGUGUCCCCAGUAACUCUCCUGAGCAAUCAGUGCAAGUGGAACAUGUCCACUGAUACCAACUAAUGUCUGUUUUGGACCAAGACUCAGGAGAACAGUGCCAUACUUUAUCUGAUCCUCUCUUAUUUGUAAAGCUAUGAGGCUGAGUAUGUCAUCUAGGUGUCCCUUCAAAUUUUGACAUUCAAGUUUCAAUGAUCCUAUGAAUUUUUGGUUUGUUUCACCAAAAAUUGGUAGUCUCAGAAAGAAUAGGAGCAGCAAGUCUAGCGACUUAACAUCCAGCUCCUAGAGAUGUAGGAACUGCUAAGACCAUGUAUCAAUAUCCACAUACAACAUACUCUGAUUUAUCCCAAACUCUUGAGCACUUUCCUUCUUCUGGAAGAUUGGCCUUUGCCAGAGCAGAGGACUUGGUGUCAAAUCUUACUCUCUCCAUCAGGCUUUUGCAGGCCGAGUCUCGCAGCUGGAGAAUACCAUCAGGGAAGACAAACAUGUGAGCUCCCUGCUCGGCCUUCUGGGUAUUCCAAGGCAGGGGCACUAGUCCCGAGUUUAAGCUUUGUCUAGCAUCAGGCAUGUGCUCAGAUGCCCAGUCACUGAGAAGGGACCCCUGCAAUAGCAUUUGUGGGAAGAUGCCAUCUUGCCUCUUCCCUUUAGACGCUUGAGUCUCCCCUUCCUGCCCCCUGGCUGUGCUGGCCUCCUGUCUAUAAGAGGUGGGAUGACCGAUCAACCCUACAGAACAGCCAGUGGGCUGAAAGUCAUGAACUUAAAGCUUGGAAACUUUAAGUUUGGGAGUUUCUGACAAGUGAGCAUGCAGUUUCUUUCUGUCUCUCAGAUCUGUGCUUUGGCUGGACAUGGCUGAAAGGAGAAACCCCAUGUAACUACCAGGAAUGCCUUCCUUGUGGUGUGAAGAAAGCAAGCACAUGUGCUGCAUCCAUCAUGUUGAGGGAGAACAAUGCUGCACCUGGGGUUUACAGCUUUACCAGCCAUGCUCCAACCCUACCAGGGCAUCACCAGGCCAGGAGAAGUUGUAUAGCAAUAGUAUAAGCCAGCAAGACCUGACAGCCAUAUUCUCCAAAGCAUCAUGAGAAGGACUAAAUAAACCAAGUAAAGCCACCUCAGUGCAAAAAUAUGAAUGGAACACAUAAUUUAGGGACAACAAAAGUCAGUGCCCAAAGCAUUAGUCAUACUUCUGAUAAAGAAUCAUGCCAUGCAUGGGCUUCCAAGGGGUGCAAAGAACCAGCAUGAUUAUGAAGAAGUAUCUAAGAAGAAGGUGUUAAGGAGUAGGGGACAUCCUCUUUAUGAAAGAGGUUAGAGUUGAAUUCAACAAGGAUGGUCGAGUACCUGUUCUGGAUUUGACCCUGAGCUGGGGACACACAGCUCCUUCUGUUCUUGAGGAGCCUACCCAUAGGACAUUGCUAACUCCCCAGUAUUAGUGGAUCUAGGCUGCCCAGCAGGCAUGCCACCAACUGAGAAGCAGAUUCUCCAUGGGAUUCUAAAGACUCACACUCAACAUAGGAACUCAAGGCAAAGGCAGGGAACUUUAAGACAGCUUUUUUGCAAUGAGAGCUCUCCCAGCUAAAUCCAAAGGGAGAUACCAGCCAGACCAUGGGACCUAAGGGAUGUGAUUGGACAGCAUCAUCACUGCACCCAAGAAGAGGGAGCAGGCAGUUUCAAAUGUAGCAGAGCAUUUCCUCUGUGAGAGCCCAGCAAGCCUUCCUCUGGCCCACUCUCCACCACCCAUUUAACUUACAGAAUUGUUGUAACCUCCUAUGGGUAAGGAAUUAUCAUGACUUUCACUAUGCAUGGACAUCAUUCUUAUCGUAAUGUGUCACCCUGUGCUGAUCUCCUAAGUGUUUUUCCUUAAUGUACUGUUUAGUAGUAAUAGAAUAUAAGACAUCGUGGGGUCAUGUUUGUUAGAUUACUUCCAAAACAUGGGAUCCAGUUGCUGUCAAUGUGCUAUUUGUAUUGUGCCAAUUCCUCUUUUUUUUUUUUUUUUUUUGGAGAGAAGCUGAUGUAUAUCAUGGACUCACAGUAGGACCAUAGCAAUUGAGGGCUGGGGAGGGAGACCUGUAUGGGAAGAAUUAAAGGACAGGAGUCCUUGUCUUCCGCCUCCCACUUGAAUGCUAAGAUGCCCUGGAAUGCCCUUGCUCCUGGAAGGACUCCAUGGAACCCUGGGAAAAGGGGACUUGGGAGUUGACCUUACUGACCUGGUUUUCAGGAAGAAUUGUAUAAGUGGAGAGGGGUAAUUCCUGAAGUUUCUAUAUGUUCCAGCCCAGGAUCCUAGAAAGAAUCUCCAUACAGAAAUAAAGUAUGUUUUUGACUACCUCA